AUGUCACUAUGGGAAACAUUGUCUGAUCUAUUAUAUUCUUCAACAUCUGUUGCUGCUGAUUUGAUGGAUAAUGAAUAUGAUAUAUUAUGUCAAAAUAAUGAAAAAUAUUCAAUAAAAAUAGCUGAUUAUAAAAUUCAUAAGUUCUACGAAAUAGUUGUAGAUAUGAAAGAAGAUUUAAAAUUAUGUCGUCAUUUAAUUGAUAAAUCAAAACAAUUAAUCAAAAUUAUUUGA